UUCAAUUUUUUCAAUUAUUCUCCAUUCUCAUCUCAGUUUAGUAAGCUUGUGAGUCUCACACACUUGAAUUUAUCUCAUUGUGGGUUUCAAGGUGAUAUUCCUUCCCAAAUGUCACACCUUUCCAAAUUACAAUCACUUGAUCUCUCUUCGAAAUAUGGUUUAAUGUGGCAAGAAACUACUUGGAAGAGGUUCUUGCAAAACACAACAUGUUUAAGAGAGAUUGUAUUGGAUGAGACAGAUAUGUCUUCAAUUGGUCCAACACCAAACCCUUUGUCUUUGAUUGCCAACUUGUCUUCCACUUUGGUUACUCUUAGUCUUGUUGAUACUCAAAUAAAGGGUUCUUUGACAAAUGACAUACUUUGUUUACCCAAUCUUCAACACCUCUUUCUAAAAGGGAAUGAAUUGUCAGUCCAUCUUUCCGAGUUGAGUUGUACCACUUCUCUUAGUAUCAUGGAUCUUUCAGAAUGUGGUAUCCAAGGGCCUAUCUCUUCAUCAUUCUCUAAUCUAACACGCCUCACUUCCUUGAAUUUAAUGGGAAAUCAACUCAACGGUUCAAUCCCGUCAUCACUUUUAAACCUUCACCAUCUCACUCACUUGGACCUUUCAUGGAAUGCAUUCACUGGUUCGUUCCCAUCAUUUCUUUCAAACCAUCAUCAUCUUGUUUACUUGGAUCUUUCAGAGAAUGAUCUUAGUGGUCAAAUUCCAAAUGUGUUUGAUAGGCUAACCAAUUUGCAAUUCCUUCGCCUUUCGGAUAAUAACUUCCAAAGGAAGUUGCCAUCCUCAUUAUUUGCCUUAACUCAACUCUCUUCCUUUGAUUGUUCUCAUAAUCAAAUUGAGGGACCACUACCUGACAAAGUAGCCUUUUUAAAUCUCACUGACUUAAUCCUAAGUGACAACUUAUUAAAUGGGACAAUUCCUCAAUGGGCCUUAUCCCUCAAGUCUUUGAGAUACUUAGAUCUAUCAAAUAACACAUUCAAAGGGCACAUAAGUGAAAUUACAUCUUAUUCCUUGGAGCUUUUAGACUUGUGCAACAAUGAGCUCCAUGGAAACUUUCCAGAAUCGAUUUUCCAUCUUGUCAACCUUACUCAUUUGUGCUUGUCUUCAGAUAACUGGAGCAGUAUUGUCCACUUCCCACUUUUCUCUAAGCUUCAAAACUUGGAGUAUCUUUAUCUUUCAGGUUGUAGUUCAUUAUUGCUAAAAUUUGAAACAAGUGUUAAUCACACUUUCUCCAAUUUGUGGGCACUGCAGUUGCUUUCUAGCAAUAUUACUGGUUGGUCGGAAUUCUCAGGAAAUUUUCCAAAUUUACAUUAUCUUGAAUUGUCCAGCAAUAGUCUUCAGGGAAAAGUGCCAGAAUGGAUACAUGGUAUGGAUUCAUUAAUUUAUUUGAAUCUCUCACACAACAAUGUUACAUUGAUGGACCAUUUCCCAUGGUAUCAACUUGAAUACCUUGAUCUUAGUUUCAACUCCAUGGCUGAUGACAUUUCUUCCUUCUUUUGUAAUGCAACCUUUCUUGAAAUUAUCAACUUGUCCCACAACAAAUUCACAGGAACAUUUCCACGGUGCCUUGCCAAUAGUUCAUCUCUUGGAGAUUUGGAUCUACAAAUGAACAAACUUCAUGGAAUUUUGCCAGAUACCUUUCAGCAGCUUGAUGGCCUGAAUCUCAAUGGCAACCAGUUCGAAGGUCUAUUGCCGAAAUCAUUGUCCAAAUGCUCAAAACUUGUGGAUUUGGAUCUCGGUAACAAUCAAUUUGAGGACACAUUUCCCAAUUGGCUUCAGAAUAUAUCAAAAUUGGAAAUACUGGUCUUACGAGGCAAUAAGUUGUACGGUCACAUUGUAAAUUUGAAAUCUGAAAACAUAUUUCCAAAUCUGAUUAUUUUUGACAUAUCAAGCAAUAACUUUAGCGGCUCAUUACCAAAAGCAUACAUACAAAAUUUUCGAGCCAUGAAGAUUGUUGAUGAUGUGCAAAGCCCUUUCUCUUAUAUUAAUACAGAUUGGAUUAGGAGUGGCGACAAAGAUGAAGCAUAUGACAUUUCUAUGGUUGCAACAAUUAAAAGAGUCAGUCUUACUUUUACGAAAAUUCCAAAUGCCUUUGCAAUGAUCGAUUUGUCAGAAAACAAAUUUGAAGGAGAGAUUCCAGAUGUUAUUGGAGAGCUUCAUAGACUCAAAAGCCUCAACCUUUCAUAUAACAACCUCAUUGGUCCUAUUCCCCCCUCUUUGGGAAAUUUGACAAAUCUUGAAUCAUUGGACCUCUCCUCAAAUAUGCUUGAUGGGAAUAUUCCUGCUGAAUUGACCAAUUUGAACUCUCUUGAAGUACUUAAUCUUUCCAACAACCAUCUUGAAGGAUCAAUACCUCAAGGAAAACAGUUUGAUACAUUUUCAAAUGAUUCUUAUGAGGGAAACAUGGGGUUGUGUGGAUUGCCAUUGUCAAUUCAAUGCAACAACAAUGUCCCUUUGCAACAAUCUCCAUCUUCUGAGGCUGAAGACAAAUUUGGAUUUAGUUGGAAACCAGUGGCAAUAGGAUAUGCAUGUGGAAUGGUGCUUGGAAUAGGAUUGGGAUAUUGUGUUUUCUCAAUUGGAAAGCCUCAAUGGCUAGUCAUCCUCUUUGGAGGUAAAAGGAUCAAAAGGAGAAGCCGUGGAAAUCGCCGGCGUGCAAGAACAACUCUGUUUCAGCUUUUUGUUGUAAUGUAAAUGUGUAAUAAGUUUAUGUCUUGUGCUGUUGUGUUUUUCAUGUUUUAUUUGAUUUGGUGUCGUACUUUUCUUUUACUUUAUGGAUGUCUACAAGUCUUGACGAUAUUUAUAGUAAGUACUUGUUCUAUAGUGGUAAGAAAUGU